CGGCGAGCGUAAUUGCAGAGUAUAAUUUCAUAAAAUAUGUAGUAUAAAGCACUUGUGGUCAGCGUCAUUUGCAGUGAUCCGCCCUUUGUAAUUCAGAAAAACGAGUCCAAUAGUGAACUGGUGUCGGCUUGUUUCCAGGUCGUGUCGUCUCUAACGGACCAAUCAGCUUCCAGUUGGGCCUGAGAACGCAGCGCGAGCCCUGACUGUCUGAGCGCUCGAGAGUGCGGGAAAAUAAUUUUACUGGGCACCAAACACCGCAUCCGCAAAAUGCCGAAUAAAACGAAAAAAGAAAAGGAUUCCCCGAAAUCUGUGAAAUCCAGCAGCAAAAACAAUAACGUCAACACUGGAAAGGAUCCUGGGACUGAAAAUUCAGACGAGACGCAGCAGCAGACCGCCAGCAAGCGUCCUAGCAACAGCACUCCACCUCCAACUCAGCUCAACAAAAUCAAGUACUCAGGUGGGCCACAGAUUGUCAAGAAAGAGCGCCGCCAGAGCUCCUCUCGCUUUAACCUCAGCAAGAACCGUGAGCUGCAGAAGCUUCCUGCCCUUAAAGAUGCUCCACCCAUCGACAGGGAAGAGUUGUUCGUUCAGAAGCUACGCCAGUGCUGUGUACUGUUUGACUUUGUGACCGAUCCUCUCAGUGAUCUCAAAUACAAGGAGGUGAAGCGUGCUGGACUGAAUGAGAUGGUGGAGUACAUCACACACAAUCGUGAUGUAGUUACUGAAUGCAUCUACCCCGAGGCUGUCAUUAUGUUUUCAGUAAACCUGUUUAGGACCCUGCCUCCUUCUUCCAAUCCUACCGGAGCAGAAUUUGAUCCUGAGGAGGAUGAGCCAACACUGGAGGCAGCCUGGCCCCAUCUGCAGCUGGUGUAUGAAUUCUUCUUACGGUUCCUGGAGUCACCUGAUUUCCAGCCUAAUGUCGCCAAAAAAUACAUUGACCAAAAGUUUGUAUUGUCACUCCUGGAGCUGUUUGACAGUGAAGACCCCAGAGAGCGGGACUUUUUAAAAACAAUCCUACACAGGAUUUACGGCAAGUUUCUGGGACUUAGAGCAUACAUUCGUCGACAGAUCAACAACAUAUUCUAUAGAUUUAUAUAUGAAACAGAGCAUCACAAUGGCAUUGCAGAGCUCUUGGAAAUUCUAGGAAGUAUAAUUAAUGGUUUUGCUCUGCCAUUGAAAGAGGAGCACAAAAUGUUUUUGAUUCGAGUGCUCCUACCCCUGCACAAGGUCAAGUCACUCAGUGUCUAUCACCCUCAGCUGGCCUACUGUGUUGUUCAGUUUUUGGAAAAAGACAGCAGUCUCACUGAACCAGUUAUAAUGGGUCUCCUGAAGUUCUGGCCCAAGACCCAUAGUCCUAAAGAGGUGAUGUUCCUGAAUGAGUUGGAGGAAAUCUUGGAUGUCAUUGAGCCUUCAGAGUUUGUAAAAGUUAUGGAGCCCCUGUUUAGACAGCUAGCCAAGUGUGUAUCAAGUCCACACUUUCAGGUUGCUGAGAGGGCACUGUAUUACUGGAACAACGAGUAUAUCAUGAGUCUAAUAAGUGACAAUGCUGCCAAAAUCCUCCCCAUCAUGUUCCCUGCUCUUUAUAAGAACUCCAAAAGUCAUUGGAACAAGACAAUCCAUGGGCUUAUUUACAAUGCUCUGAAGCUCUUUAUGGAGAUGAACCAGAAGUUGUUCGAUGAUUGCACACAGCAGUACAAAGCUGAGAAGCAAAAGGAGAAGUACAAACUUAAGGAGCGGGAAGAGAUCUGGCACAAGAUUGAACAGCUUGCUAAACAAAAUCCUCAGAUUACGAAGAUCCAUCCUAGUCUUCGACCUGGACUUCCUAAGGAUGCGUAUAUAAUGUAUAAUGAAAACCAAGGGAUACCACAUUAUUCCAUGGAGACAGAGACUCCCACUGCUGAGGAUAUCCAGCUGCUGAAAAAGACUGUGGAAUCUGAGGCAUCACAGGGAACGAAGGACAUAAAGAAGGACAAGGUGCUGAUGCGACGGAAGUCAGAGCUGCCACAAGAUGUGUACACUAUAAAGGCUCUGGAAGCCCACAAGCGGGCAGAAGAAUACCUGACUGCAAAUCAGGAAGCUCUCUGACUGGGGAACACCACAACCAGUCACCUGCACCAUGCCUAGACUGUCCCACUUGUAUUUGUCCAGAAAUGUCACCUGCUGUAUACUCCCCCCUCCUUUCCUCCUUUUGUCUCUGCUUCUUUCCUCCUUCGCUUUCUCUUGGAGAGGCCUU